AUAAUUGAUAAAGAUCAAACAUAUAAGUUAAACCUUUUGAUGGUAAACCUUUUUGCCUUCCACUGGAGAACACCAAAAUAAUUUUUUGGUGAAAAGCACACGACCAUUUCUAUUUUUUUUUUAUUUUGAUUUUUAUACAACACGAAAUACGUAACUUUUCUGAAUUAAAGGUGUGUUGCAAACAGUUUAAAGUUAUCAGUAUAAACCUUUAAAGAAGGGGGUAAUUCAAUCAUUCCAAUCCAAUUCAAUUGAUUUGAAUCAAUUCAUCAUACAAGUCAGCUUUGGUUCCUUUAGGAGAGAAAGCCUGGCUUUGAUUCCAUACCCAGAUCAUUAUUUAUAUACAUACGCCGUUUGACUAUUUUGUUUUUCACAUAUAUAAUAUAUACAAAUCUUAUAUGUUGUCAUGGCAGAUCUAUACGGAUACAUCACCCCAGCUAAGGUGAAAACCCUACUAGUCCCCAUCAACAAUUGUUCACAAGCAGACUUCAAUCGAUACUAUGAUAUAAUACGAUCCAACGUAACUGAAAUACGACUAAUGGAUAUAACUCCUGACAAUGAUCUUCAUUAUUUCAAUCCCCAAGCAUUUCCAAAUGGAAGAAUCUUUCUUGAUUUCCACAUAUCGGGUCCUGAUAAUGAUUCAAUCUUUCUUCAUGAUUUCGAACCCUUUCGAAAAACUUUCAUCAUCUUAGGUGUGGGUAAAUAUAGUGAAGAUUUUAAUAAUGAAGAUACUUUACAUGAUUUAAAAAAGCAUUUCCCUGCAUCAAUUGUACAUAAUAUAAUCUUAUUUGAUACUCCAAAUGAUAAAGUAAAACAAUUAAAUAAAUCAAAUUCUUAUACCUUUUAUCAUAAUGGAAUCUUACAACAAAAUAUAACCGCAUUAGAAACUUUAAUGUGUGAUAUAAGUAAAGGAUUCCUCCGUUCAUUGGAUACUUAUGCAUCAUCAUAUUCAAAUAUAACAUUGAGAUCUCCAGUAUUAAUCACCGAUAGUCAUUUAUUAACGAGAACUAUAAGUCAUGCUCAAAAACGAUUAAGUUCAGGCUCAACUUCAUUCAAAGUUUCAUUUGGAGGGUCAAGUCCAACUCAUACCAAUGGAAAUGGUGGUAGUAGUGCUGGUAGUGCAAGUAGUGGAGGUCACUCUAUCACUAGUAAUUCUAAUGGAAAUCUAAGUCCAGCAGAUGCAAAAUCAAAAACUCAACAACGUCAUACAGGUCGUCAAUCAAAGUUAAUGGGUAGUUUCUACCUUUUAGCAGGGAAAUAUAAUGAUGCCUUGAAUUCAUUCAUUGAUGCUACAAUCAAUCUUCGAAAAUGUGAUGAUUAUUUAUGGUUAAGUAAUGCAUUAGAAGGUCUUGGAAUUACAGUUUUAUUAUUACGAUUCGUAGGAGCUAAUUAUAAAAUACCAAAUCAAAUUUUAAAUAAUGUGCUUCAACUUAACAAGAGCAAAUUACUGGCUUUAAGUACUGAAAUAUUAUCUCCCAAACGAAAUUCAAGUGAUUCGUCCGUUAAUGGUCAUUCUACAGCAAAAGCCACACCAUAUUCCCCAAGAAACUCCUCAAGUAGUAACAUCAAUUUCUCAUCUUCAGGUCCUAUAACUGAUUUCACAGCCUUAUCCAUUCCAGAGUUUGUCGGUUUAAUAUCGUCAAAAGUAUUGCAUUUUUAUCAAAUAAGUACUAAUGAUUUUGAAAAUAUGGUACCUGAUAUAGUAUAUGUUGAGGCCAUAUUAAGAAUCAUCAAAUUUAAAAUUGGAGUUUAUCUUAGUGGAGGUUAUGAAUCAAAAGUUACUUUAUUAGAAAGCUUGGUUAAAUCAACUAAAGUCCCAUCAACGGCAAGUAUAAUUGAUACUACCUAUUUCCUGAAAUCAGAUAUACUAAACACCAUCGAUAAUAUUUUUAAAUUACAAUUAAUCGAUAUGGGCAUCAUUGAACAAUGUCGAGUUUAUUGUACUCUUGCAUCAAUGUAUACUGAUCUAGGUAUGUUAAGGAAACGAGCAUUUAUAUUACGAUUUUUAUUAGUGGCCUUAUUACCCAAAUUAGAACAGAAUUAUAAUUUGGUGAAUAAUGAUGAAUUAAAAGAUAUUCGAGAUGAAGUUCAUAGUAUUCGAGAUCUAUUUGAAUAUUUAUUCUUAAUCUAUGGAAUAAAUCUUGAAUCGGAAAGUUCCGCCAUUGAUUCAUCUAUUCAUUCUGAAAAGAGUUGGUUAUCAUUACAAAUCCAAGUUUUAAGAUUAUGUAUUCAAAUAUCAGAAGCUAUGAAAGAUUAUAAAUUCUUUUUACAAUUGGGUACGUUAUUAUUAACAAGAUAUAGUCAUUGUUUACCCACCGAUGAUCAAAUCACCUUAAAGGAAAAAAUCGAUUCAUUAAUUUAUUUAUCAAAUAGAAAUAAUUUAAAUCUUAGUUCACCAUAUUGGGAUCCAUUUUUAGUUCGAAGAGUUCAAUUUGUUAAUAAUAAAAACAAAGAUGAUAUUAUCCCAUUUUCAGAAUAUGAAAAGAAUACAGCUCAAACAGUUGGAUUAGGAGAUGUUAAUACUAAUAAUGGAUAUGAGCAAACUCCUGAACCAUUUUUAUUUGAUCCUUAUAAUAAAGUUGAUAAUAAUGCUACCACUAUUAAUAGAGAUAAAUUACUUUUGAAAGAUGAAGUUUAUCAGCUUAAAGUUCUAUUACAAAAUCCAUUUGCCUUUGAAAUAGAAUUAAAUGAUGUUUCAAUUGUGACGGAAGAUGAUUUUAAAGUUCAAACUUUCAAGCAUCAUAUACGAUCGUUAAGGGUUAUUAAUAAAAUGGGUGCUAGUUCUGGUCUACUUGGUAGAAAUGUUACACAAUCAAUAAAUACUACAAAUUCAUUAAAGAAAACCAUGUCAACUUCAUCAACCACAUCAGUAGGACUUCCUGCUUCUAUUCCUACCGCUCCAACUUUAUCAUCAAAUGCAUCAUCCAAUGUGGCAAUGUCAAGUUUGAUAGUUCCACCAUUAUCCACUGAGAUUUUUCUGAUUCCAUUCAAACCUUUACAAGUGGGUGAAUUAACUAUCUUGGGAUUUAAUAUUCAAAUAGGUACUUGUAAUCCUCAAUUGUUUAAGAUUAUUGAUGGUGAAUUAUUUAAUGAAACCUCGUUCAAAGUGAAAUCGAUGGGGAUUGGUGAAGUAUCAUUUGAUAAAGCAAGUCAUGAGAGAUCAACCUUAGACGCCGUGAUUCAUAAUUUAGAAACUUGUAAUGUUAAUGCCAGAACUUCAAUACGAGAAUUAUCCUUAACUGUUAUUCCACCUCAACCAUCGUUAUCCUUGACCAAGCUGCUGGUUAAUAAUGGAUGGAUUAUGUUGUUAGAAGGGGAAAUUUAUAAGUUUUCCAUUACUUUAACGAAUCAUUCCGAUGUGUUGAUUAAUUAUUUAUCAUUUUCAUUUUGGGAUUCUACUAUUGAACCAUUAAAUAAACGAUUAAGCACCAGUGUGGGGAAUCAAACUUUACCAGCUGCCGAAAUUUAUGAAAUUGAAUAUAAUUUAUUAAAAGUUAAACCAUUUAAAAUCUUGAAUAAAGAAGCUAUAAGUGAAGAGUAUAAGACGAUUGAACCCAGAAAGGAAAUCACUAUUGAUUAUGAAGUGAUGGGUAAAAGAGGAAUGAAAGAACUGAAAUUAAUUCUUGAAUAUAGUCAUAAACAAUUCGAUGAUGUGAAAAAUAGUUUUAUCAAACAUAUUAAUGUGCCUUUGAAUUUAACGAUUUUAUCCUCGAUUGAGAUUUUAGGAUGUGAUAUUAUACCAUUAUUUUCAUCAUCAUUACAAGGAUUCAAAGGAGAAUAUAUUAAUGAUGGUAAAGAAGAGAAUUUAAAUGAAGUUUUGAAAUUCAUAACUUCAAUCAUUGAAUCUCCCACUGAAGAAAUUGGGGAUUAUUGUUUAUUCAUAUUAGAUAUUCGAAAUUUUUGGAAUGAAAAAUUAAAAUGUCAAUUUAAUUAUCAAAUUAGUAAACAAAAACAAUUCUCAAUAACAGAAAUUAUUGAACCUAGUAAGACAUCACGAUUAUUAAUUCCUAUCAAGAGAAUUGGGAAUGAAAUAGAUUUAACUAGAUUGAUUCCAUCAUUAAGACAUAAACAAUUUGUGAAGAAUUAUUUAAUAAGUGAAGCUGAUGAUUUACAAAUGAGAGAAUUAUUCUGGUUAAGACAUUAUAUAUUGGAAAAUCUACAUGGAACAUGGGAGACCAUUGAAUCGAAGAAACGAAUGGGAUUAAUUGAAUUAAGAACGAUUCGUUUAACUCCUAAAAUGGCUAAUGUCUUACAAUUCAAUAAGAUACGAAUCUUAACUUCUAUUGAAGAUGAGUUUGAUAAUCAACCAUGUCAUAAGGAAAGUAAUCAAUAUUUAUUAAAAGUUGAUCAAUUCUAUUCAUUAAAGACAGUUAUUAUAAAUGAAGGGUUAGUUGAUAUUAAGGGAAUUUUAAGACAUUUACCUAUUUCCAUGAAUAUAUUAUCCACUACUAACAACAUUAAUGUGAUUAAAGCUCAAUUAUCGAUUGAUAAGAAGAUUUUAAUUAAUGGGGUUUUACAAUCUACUAUUCCAAUGGUUAAAGCUGGUGAAACCAUUGAACUUGAAUUAACAUUUUUAAUCUUGGAAAGAGGUGAAUAUGAAUGGGGAUCAGUGUUGGAUAUCCUAAAUCAUAAACAAGGAUUACAAAUAGUUGGUCGUGAACCAAUAUACAUAACUGCAUCAUAAAAAUUAUAGAUUUUUGUUUAUAAUAAUCAAUUAUUUUAAUAAUAUGU